AUGGCCGGUGCUACAGCUCCCAAGCAGGACUUGGACUCUCCUGCCAAUGGCUCGUCAGAUGCAGCUGCUGUAAAUAAUCCAGUUACAAGCACGAGUUCAAGUGCGAAAAAGAAGAAGAAUAAAAAGAAAAAGAAGAAGUCUGCUUCGGCUGCUGUGGUUACUGACAAUGCCAGUGUAGCUCCAGAUGUGGAAAAGAUUGAAGAAGAUGGUGAAAUUGCUGAUUCGACAGCUGUGAGUAGUCCAGUGGAUGUGCUAGCCUCUGGAUCAGAGACGAAGGAAUUAGCUGAUACAGUGGCUAUAGCAGUUGGACCGGAAUAUGCUGGGGAGCCAGAACUAGUAUCACAAGAAGAGCUAGCAGCUGAAGCCGAGCCACCUGCGGAGACGAUAGCUGAGCCAAUUAAAGAGGUAGUUAAAGAACCAGUUGCUGAGCCUGUCGCUGAACCUGCUGUUAAGCCAGUUGAGGAGACAAUUGCUGAGCCAGUUGCUGAGCCAGUUGCUGAGCCAGUUGCUGAACCAGUUGUAGCUGAACCAGUCGCUGAACCAGUUGCUGAACCAGCUGUUGAACCAGUUGUAGCUGAACCAGUUGCUGAACCACUUGUUGAACCAGUCGCUGAACCAGUUGUAGCUGAACCAGUUGCUGAACCACUUGUUGAACCACUUGUUGAACCAGUUGCUGAACCAGUUGAUGAACCAGUUGCUGAGCCUGUCACUGAACCUGCUGUUAAGUUAGUUAAGGAGACAAUUGCUGAACCAGUUGUUGAAUCAAUUGAGGAACCAGUUGCUGAACACGUUGAAGAGCCAGUCUCUGAGCCAGCUACUGAACUGAUUGAAGAACCAGUUGCUGAAUUAGCUGAGAAGCCAACUACUGAGCCUGUUGCUGAACCGGUUGAAGAGCCAGUUACAGAGUCAGGUUCAAAGUCAGUUGCUGAACCAUUUACUGAACCAGUUACUGAACCAGUUACUGAAUCUGUAACUGAACCUGUGGUCGCGAAUACAGAAGAUAAGUUAUCGACUGCAGAAGCUGGUAGUGAAAAUGAUCGGGAUUUGACAAUCUCUAUUCAUAUUCAAGAGAGUGUGGAGGCCCCGACUGCUGCAUAUGAGAUAGAGUCAUCUAAUGACGUAAAUUUCGUCCAAACAAAUUCUGAUCAACAAAUUUUUGACGACUUGACUAAACCACAGCCUUCAGAAACAGAUAACUUUUUUGAUGAUAAAAAGGAUGAUGUCCAAGAAACUAAUUUCUUUGCAGAGUCGGAUAAAAAAGACAAUGAGCCAAACAACUUUUUUGAUGAGAUAGAGAAAAACGGACAACAAGAGGCCAACGCCAACAAUAUUUUCUCUCAAACUGCCACAGAAGGAAGCGCAUCUGGUGCUGAUUUUUUCUCUCAACCUGCUGUCAAUUCAAAAGAGCAGCCCGAAGAGCACGACUUUUUCUCUCAGUCUGCAGUCAGUUCUAAUGAACAGCCCCAAGGAGACGGCUUUUUCUCGCAACCUGCCGUCAGUUCCAAUGAGCAACCCCAAGAUAAGGAUCUUUUCUCUCAAUCAGCUGCCAAUUCUAAGGAACGACCCCAAGAAACUGACUUUUUCUCUCAAAUAAGUGCGGCAAAGGGCCCAUCAACCGACUCAAUUGAGAAUGAUACCGUAUCUUUGCUCCCUAGCAAGAAAAAAUCCAAGCUUCAUGAACACAAAAGAGACAUAUCUGUAUUUGCUGUUGCUGACAAUGACCCGUUUUUCAGUACUUUGGGCUCAACAAAGGAAGAAGGUCCUUCUGAAUUCCCAGAGGAAGCUCUGCAACCACCUCAAAAAAACCUGGAUAGAUCGCAACCUUCUCCGUCGAGUCAGGUUGUGGAAAGCCCUGAUCUAGAUCGUAAUCCUUUUGAGGAUAAUGAAACUAACCCGUUUUCCAAUGACACUGCAGAAACAAAUCCUUUUGGACACGAAUCCGCCGAUGAGAACCCAUUUGGUAGUGGUGAAGCUGAUGAUAGUUUAUUUGUUCGCCUUGCUGAACAUGCAGACCCUAGUGAUACGAUAGCUCCUGCAUCGACCCAAUUAAAGUCUGAUAAUAGCUCUAUACCUGCUACCACAGCCACUGCCCCUACUGUUGGUACUACAGCUGUUACCAGCACAUUAUCAUCUCUUGCAUUCCUUGAAGAAGACGACGAUUUACUUUCUGAUGAGGACGAUGCUCCCCUCGCUAUAGACGCUUCUCAGUCCCAAAAAAUCAAAAGUCAGCCUUCUGCUACACCCGUGACUACAUCUGCUCCAUUUACAACUCCCUACACGGCACCUGCUACUACAAGUACGAGUCCCUAUAACUCAUACUCUAUUUACCAGCAGCCACCACAAGAGGAGAGACCGAAGUACACGUCUCGUUCGUCAACAGCAAAUGCAUUUGAUUUACCAACAGGCAUUAUGCCCAAGCAUCAUGUACGACCAUCUCCUUCGUAUCAGAAUAUGGUAUCUGCCCCUGGGGUUGGAGGUUAUACCCCCCGACAACCGUCUGUUUACGGAACUCCCGAACAACCUCCGACUCAAAAAACUGUUGCACCCAAAAAAUCAUUCUUCGAAGAACUGCCAGUUGUUCAUCGUAAGCCAAUGUCUCGAAAGACAAGUCAAACCUAUGAACACGCAUCAAUUGGCGUUCCUCCACAUAUUCAGCAUCAACAGAUUGGCAGUCAAUUUGGACCUCCAUUGUCAAAUCAAAAUUCUACUUUGCCAUAUUCCCCUACGAUAUCUGCUGCUGGACCACCUCCCAUUCGUUCUCCCAGUCAAGCCCCAGCUUCUUUAGCACAUAAUCCUUAUGCUCCAUCUCCCAACUCUGGGCCACAAUUGGUUGGUCAAGCUCAGAGCCAAUAUCAUCGGUCGUCUUCUCCCUAUACACCAAUUCAACAUGCCAUUCCUCCUUCUCAUCAGCGUGGUGCAAUUCCGGCAGCUAACCAAUACCCCCAAGUGGGUCCUGUUGUUCCUGGUGUGCCACCACCUGGUGUUCCACAGGCUUCUAACGUUGCUGUUCCUGGUGUCUUGGCUCCUCAUAACCAAUAUACCGCCCCAACAAUGGCAGGUGGAAACGCAUUCUCACCACCACCACCAGUACCACCAGCUUCGAUUUCCAGACCUUCAUCAAUUCCCAAUCCGUAUGCUCCAGGUGUGGUUCCUCAAAGCAAGUCAGUGUACUCCCAUUCUCGUACCAAUUCUGCUGGUUCUAAUCACAGUGCCACUGCUGGUCUCGCAAUUCCAUCUGGCGGGUAUGAUGAUUCUGCUUACAAAUCCGCUUAUAGUCCUAAAACUGGUCCGACAAACACUCCGCCAAAUCCAUAUGCCAAUGUCCCAGUUGCCGCUCCCCCAUCUGGUUAUACGUCUAUGGCCAAUCAGUAUGACCCUCAUAAUACUGCUGCUGCCAAUGCUGUUGCUGCUGCUGUGGCCCAUAAAAGUACUGCUCCACCUCCAACUUCUACAUAUGGAGACCUACCUCCUAUGUUAGAGACCAGCAGAUCGAGACAGGCAUCUCAUCCUCAGAUGGCUCCUCCGUCUGUUAGUUACAGGUCUUCACCUGCCAACCAACCAGCAUCGCUUAACCUUAAGUCAGCUGCUGCUGCGGCCGCUGCCGCUGCUGUCACUACUGGAUCAAUACAUGAUUUCCAUCAGUCACGACCUGCUAGUGUCCCUAUUGAUAAUGAGGCCCUUCAGAAGAGACAGUUUCCUAUAUUCCAUUUCGGUAAUGGAAGGCAAAUCGUGUCUGGACUACCUCCUGCCAUUGCAUUCGGUAAUACUCACAUGGAGAUCAAAAUCCUCAGUACUAAGAGCGUUAUCAAGACCGACUACGAGUUGAAUGCUAAGUUCCCCAGCCCAUUGGUAAAUAGCAAAAGUGCUAUCAAAGGCAAGAAAAAAGAGCUCGAGAAAUGGUGUGAUGAAAAGAUUGCUAAGCUUGAAAACGAAUUCAAAAACAGCAACGUUAAUGCUAACCCCAAGUCAAUUGAACGUGCUAGUCAUCGCAUUCUACUGUGGAAGUUUUUGGCCAUACUGCUUAAGGCUGAUACACAUCUUUCACGUGCACCUCCAGAGGUUCUUCAAUCUAUUAAAGAGCUGCUUAAUCCACGACUUGCUCUUGUAAAGAAUGAGAAUGUCACAACAUUUUCAUCUGCCUCUGAUUUGUAUAAAAAAGGUUUACACCGACGAAACUCCAGUACUGACUACCAGAUGGGAAUGGUUCCAUUCAGUUCAGAGGAUCUACGCAAUAUCUUCACUGCUCUUGAAAUUGGCAACCGUGCUGGGGCACUCCGAAUUGCUCUCGACAAGCAUCUCUGGGGACAUGCUCUCUUGAUUGCUAGCUCGCUUGGUCCUCAGCAGUGGAACGACGCUGUGGCUGAAUUUGUUCGCGAAGAAGUGCGUUCUCAUCCAUCGUCCAACUCGCAGAGCCUCGCUCUCAUCUAUCGAGUUCUUGCUGGUUCUGGUGCCGAGGCCAUCUCCGAGCUACAACCGCGUUUACCACUUGCUAACAUGCCUGCAAACCAGCGUCCAGAAUCGCCUUCUGUCAACAACUGGCGCAUGUACCUCUCUCUCAUUGUGUCAAACAAGUCUCCUAACGACUCGGAUGCCAUCCUUGAGCUUGGAAAGCUCCUACGGAAAAAUGGCUUGAUCGAAGCUUCGCAUAUUUGGUAA